CAGCCAAUCUGGAGUCUACGUUUUACGUCGCAAGAGCACAGUGCGAAUUUACGCACUUACACUUCCUGUGCGUGCAUGACGUAAGUUCCAGAGAGUAAGAAGUGUGAUGUGGCUUUGACUUACAACAAAAUGUCGGCUAUUUUCAACUUCCAGUCACUGCUUACUGUGAUUUUGCUCCUGAUCUGCACCUGUGCCUACAUCAGAGCUCUGGCUCCCAGCUUGUUAGACAAGAACAAAACUGGGCUUUUAGGUAUUUUCUGGAAAUGUGCCAGAAUAGGAGAGAGGAAGAGUCCCUGGGUGGCCUGCUGCUGCAUCAUCAUGGCUUUCAGCAUACUCUUUCUCCAGUAGCAGUGUAUGAGUAAAACCACAAGUGAAGACAUGAAAUAUAUCAUGCUGCAAGCACAACAGGACAUUUGGACUAUGUACAACAAAGACUUUUUACGGCUCACUGUAGCACCUGAGGGAGAAAAGGCAUAGGUGGAGGGGUGAGGUGCAGCCCCGCAACGUGUCUGUUGAUCUCCACUAGUGUCCAGACUUGUCCUUGUGUUUAAUUGUGUGGACCAUUAACAUGAUCAAAUGAUCCAUUGUUUCUCUUAACAUUUCAUCCUGCCCUAUGAAUGUGUCACAAUUGCAUUGAUUUUUAAAACAAAUUUUAAAUAAAUUCCCUUAAUUGAUAUCUGUAGGAUGCCAGUUGCAUAAAGAGUUUAAAACAUGAUGAAGACAAUGUCAUGAGCUGCACUCAUGUUACCAAAACAUGGAAGCUCCAUAAAGGUCCGUAAUGUCGCUCCAGUUUCAAAGACCAUGACCAACAGUGCAAUGUUUUCUGUACUAUAGUUCUGUUGGUUUAUGUGUUUUGUUUGGGUAAAUUCAGUUUUACCUGACUCAGAAGCUCGAACCUUUAAUGGUUUUAGAGUGGCCAUAGUACAGUAUUUGGAACUGAAUCCUUACUUCCCUAAUGAAAUUCAAAAGUUUAUAUUUUUUUGUCUAAUUUUGCAUGGCCAAAGAAACUUCAUACACAACAUCAAAAAGCGUCUUUAGCAGAUAAUGUGUAACAAUUAUGUUCUGCAAUAGAAUUUUUUUUUUGUUGUGUAACCCUUUUUCCUCUCUUUGUUUAGGAAUUGUCUCAGUGGUCUACUUUUUAAAGUUUUUUUUUUUUUUAAAGUAAGUCACUAUUUAUUAAAAAACCUAUACUAAAUUUCCUGAUCUGAUUAGAUGGCCAUUUGUCUUAGCCAGUUGAUUAGUGUCAUUCACAAACUGUGGGUUAUGACCAAACCUAACAGUGAUGAUGAUUUUUUCAUUAUUGUUUUUUAAAAUAUUACAAGAUACUCUCUGUGUACGUUUUUUUUAGCUGAAACUCUGAGGUGUCAGUGGAUAAAACUGACUUACCGAACUGCAGCCUAAAAUCACAUCUGAAGUGCAGCUCCCUGGACUUUGCCUGGAGUGACAUGGACAGUGGAGAGCUAGUGAUAACCUCAUCUCUAAUCUUGUAGUCAACACUCAGCAUCAGAGGGUUUUCUGAAAAGUGCAGCCAGGUGAUGGACCACACAUAAUGACAAGACCAGAUAUGUCUGUUUACUGCCAGAUAUUUAUGAGUAACCUGGAUUGAAGUGAAAUGACUUUUCCAUUCUUAUAAAAAAGACAAAUAAAGAUGUUUUUGAGCAGU